GCUGUGAAGCUGGCACGCGGGCCAAGCACCGAAGAAGAACGAGAAUAACGGUUGGAAAAAGCCUCGAGGUUGCGUUGCGGCGGGUAACUGAAGCUCGAGGUUGUUUGUUGUUGUUGCCCUUGUUGUUGACAUUAGCAUCAAAUCGACGUCUGUUUUCUGUAAUGCGGAACACUAAUGUACUACCGACUGUUUUGUGUUUUCGUCAUUACCUUUAGUAAAGACCCAUCAGCCGUUUGGGUAAGGUGACUGCAGUAGAAAAUGACCACAUCACAGAAAUAUCAGAACACCAGAGUCUCAGCGGGUAACACUGAUAAAGAGUGGCUGACCCCGGCUGUGUCUGAGAAGUUCCAGAGCCGGUUUGGAUGGCGGCCCGGUACAGCUGACAGCGGGGACACAGGACUGGGUAACUCCGACAACACUGAAGAUUUCUGCAGCACCGGCAGCAGUCCGUCCUUCCAGCCCAUCCGCAGUCAGAUUCCCAUCCCCACCGCCCAUGUCAUGCCUUCCACGGCCGGAGCUCUGGCCUCCAAGCUCAAGCCGCGCACCUUUGAUGAGGCCCGUGCGUCCUCCAGCUCGUCCAGCUCCAAAUCGUCCCUCUCCAAAUCCGUAUCCUCGCCCAAUCUGGACGCUCAACAUGAGGAAAAUUUAGACGUGACCGCAGUUAAACCUGAUUGCCUGAGUCGAUAUCGCAGUCUAGUGAACUGCCUGGACCACUCGCUGUUUCCCUCCGGAGAUCAGACACGACUGGAUGAAGGCCACAAGUUUGACGUACCUGCCAUGGAGCCUACGCUAAAUCAGUCGGCUCUGCUCGGGGGCCUUACCCCUGAUGUACGACAGCAGCUGCAAAUGACAGGACUUACGGACAAUACUGGCUCACUGGAUCAGACCUAUAAAGUCCUACCAGAAGCUAGGAUGGGUCUUGGCUGUCCUACAGACCCUUACGGCCAAAGGAACGUUCAUCCAUGUCCGGGUGCCUCUGCCAGGAUGUUUUCAGUACCUCAGGGCCUACAAACUCAAACCGGCACCGGAGCGUAUGAUCCUUUACUGCAGGAACGCUGUAGUGAACUUGCCAACUGGCAGCAGCAGAAGCAGAAACUCGAGAGUCUGCGUCUGCAGGUGGAACAAAUGCAGCAUUUAUGGUUGCAUUGCAGGCAGAAGCAGCAGAUGUCUCAGCUGGAGCAGCGUCUCAGGGAGAGCGAGCUGCAGGUGCACAGCGCUGUCAUGGGACGUGGAGCUCCUUUCACUGACGUGUGUCUUUUGAGACUCCAGGAGGCCCAGAGGGAAAACGCCUUUUUGCGAGCCCAGUUUGCCGAGCGCAGCGACUGCUUUACCAAGGAGAAAAUGGAAGCGGACCGUAGACUGGCUGGGGUGGAGGUGGAGAUGCAACGUCUGAAUGAGAUCUUAAAAGAGAGCAGUGAGAAACACUCGGAGGAGCUAAAGAAACAAGAGGAGAGGAUACGCAGUCGGGACAAGCACAUUAACAGCCUGAAAAAGAAGUGCCAGAAGGAAUCGGAUCAGAACCGAGAGAAGCAGCAGCGGAUCGAGACUCUUGAGCGAUAUCUGGCUGACCUCCCUACAAUGGAAGACUAUCAGGCUCAGCACAAAAAGCUGGAGGAGGUGGAGGAGAGGGCCGCUCAGCUGCAGGCCACUGUUAGAGAUCUGGAGGUCCAGCUGGAGGACUCCCGCAGUGCUGUACGCAGCAAAGACACCCAACUGGAAGAACAGAAACGCAAGGAAAAAGAACUACUUACAACAGUCACCUGUCUACAAAACAGGGUGCAGGAGAGCCUCGAGGAUGGGGUGAGAUUGCCGUCUCUCGACAUUGAGAAGCUUCGGGAAGAAAACACUACUUUAAAAGAAGACCAACAGCGACUUAAAAAGGUUAUAGAAAAGCAACUCAGAAUAAUGGAACAGCUGGGCUCACAAAUCAGGACUCUGGAGGAGCAGAUCUCUCAGGAGGAGUGCAGUAGUCAGGCACUGCGAGAGGAGGUGGCAGAGAAAGAAGAGAGUCUGCAACGGUUACAUGCUGCUAUGAAGGAGGUCUCAGCGCACAACCAGGAGUUGAUGGAGCACAAUCUGACGUUACAGGAGCGUCUGCAGGGUGUGGAGCCAAGCGGUCUGCCUGAUUCAAACGCUCCUUUGCUCCCCAGAGGGGCUCGGCUCACUCAGAUGCUAUAUGGAGAGAUGGCUGCCUGUCUGUGUGACCUCCGCUCUCUCUGCAACGUCCUCACCCAGCGAGCACAGGGCCGUGACCCAAACCUCUCAAUGCUGCUCGGUAUUGCCACACCUCCACCAGUAGGAGACCAGCAGUGGGAGGAUUGGAUCAGUCCUGAGGGUCUGCAGAAGAAGUUUCUAGAAGCUCAGCAACUUCGUCGAGACGUCGAGGAGCUGAGAACCACCGUUUCUGACCGUUAUGCACAGGACAUGGGUGAAAACUGCAUAACUCAGUGAGCAUGGACAAUACAGCUUGUGCUCAUUAAUGGUAACCACGGUGCCUUUUCUUAAGACGUUGAAAAACACUAAAACAAGUCUUCCUCACGAAGGACCUGACAACACUAAGGACACUAAUCUCAUAAAUUAGAUGUCUAUUUUUAUACAAACGUUAUUUUUCUAAAAUUUCAAAUGUUUUUGUGCAAUGGAAAGCAAAUGAUUUAAUAUAAACCUUUCCAUGUAUUUGGGAA